CUCGAAAAAAGAAAAAGGGAAAAAUUGGGAAAUAGGUGCGGAGAAGAACAUUUUCGAAUAAACAACGUCGUUAAACCUAAUUCCUAAUUUCACUUCCCUCCUCAAAACCCUAAUAUCGUAAAAUCAAAUUCAUCCCGACGACAAAUGGCGAUCGCCAGAACCGGAGUUUUCGUCGAUGAUUACUUGGAAUAUUCAAGCACAUUGCCUGCUGAGCUUCAGCGGCUUCUUAACACCAUUAGAGAACUCGACGAGCGUUCUCAAGGAAUAAUAAAUCAGACUAGGCAGCAGACCAAUUACUGCCUAGGAUUAGCUUCUCAGAAUCAGGGAUCAAGGAAAUACAAUUAUGAUGAUGAUGAGGCUUUUGAGAAGUUGAGGAAGGAGAUUGAAGCAAACCAGGACAAUGCCUUAAGCCUUUGCACUGAGAAGGUUUUACUUGCUCGACAAGCUCACGAUAUUAUAGAUAGCCACAUCAAGCGCUUAGAUGAAGAUCUUACCAACUUUGCUGAAGAUCUUAAGCAAGAGGGAAAGCUACCUGCCGAUGAACCUCCUAUCCUUCCUCCAUUACCUUUGGUCCUUAAGACUGAGAAGCGCAAAGGACCGUAUGUAACACCUCAAUCAAAGAGGCUUGAGUACAGGGACUGGGAUUGGGACCGAGAACGUGACAGAGAUUACGAUCUUAUGCCUCCUCCUGGCAGUCAUAAGAAAGAUUUUGCUUCUCCUGUUGAUGUUGAACAACCCAUUGAUCCAAAUGAACCCACCUACUGUGUGUGCCAUCAGGUAUCCUUUGGAGAUAUGAUUGCUUGCGACAAUGAAAAUUGCCAAGGAGGUGAAUGGUUUCACUACUCAUGUGUUGGGCUCACACCGGAGACAAGAUUUAAAGGGAAGUGGUACUGUCCAACCUGCAGACAAUUACCACAUUGAUUACAAGUACACCACCUUUUAUGUGUGCUGUAAUUCCUUCCACAUUAAUUUUUGAAGGGAUCUUUGAUAGGUUAUGCUCUCCUAGUGUCUGUUUUCAUAAAGAAAUGUACCUAUUCUGUUAAUGGUCAAAUUUGGUGCCUUAGAUAUGUGCAUAAGGGAGAGACAGAAGAAAGGGUGGUCAGAUAAGUUCAUCACUCUGUUUGCUUAUAUCUCAUGAUCCCUGGUUUUACAGUCAAGGGACGAGUUUGCUUUGUACAUGUAUCUACCAGAGGAACCAAAAUUUCUCAACGCUGCUUGAUGAACUCCAAGUGUUGCUAUUUGUUUGUGAAUGCCUUUUCAUUUCUUUUUGGAGUAGCAAACAGGACAGUGAUAUGGCACAUGCUGUUUACACGAGUGUUAUCGCUAAUAAUGGUAAAUAAUAUGUAUUUUCA